AUGAAUUUAGACUAUACAAAUCCAUCUACUGGUAUGUUCGGACGAAUUCGUAUUAAAAUAUCUUCAUUUUACUUUUCAGGUGUUUUACCACUCAAUUCUAUCUCAGCUGAACUUCCACUUUAUUCUAAAUCACUGGAAAUAAUCGCACAACCAUGCUACACUUCCAAAUUACGAUAUCGUUCCGAUUAUGAACAUAAUAAAAAUCGUCGUGGAGUUCUUCAUAGUACAAAUAAUUCAAAUUAUCAAAGUCCGACUAUUCGUAUUCCACAUGAAUAUCUUGAUAUUACCGAACAAUAUUCCGUUCGUAUUUGUCUUGUAACCGUUAUAAAUGAAAGAACAAACCGUCGUUAUAUACAUCCAUACGAUCUUGAAGAUAUUGAUAAUGAAGAUCAUAAUGAUCGGUAUCAGAGAUCUAUUUGGUUUCCCAUUCAAGGGGAAGAUAUUGGUGGAAUUAAAAGUUUUCCAAAUUUACGUGUCGUGAAAAAAAAGGCCGAUAAUCUGAAAAAUCAUGGCAAUUUCCUUGUUUUUGAUUCUCCUAAUGAAGAUUCCAGUCCACAAUUACCAUCUGUAAAAGAUACAAUUAAAGAAUUUAAUCUUGAAAAAGCUCAAUUAGCGUUUACUAUCGGAAAGAAAACAAUGGAGAAUAACAAUGUUACAUUUAUUGUAUUUAAUCGAACAACAGUCUUUUCAGAAGAAAUGGCUGAAAAUAUUAGUAGAGAAUCAGAUCUUGAUGAUGUGCCUAGUGUGCCGACCAUUGUAAGAUCUCAUCCAUUAAGCCCAUCUGAAUGUCGUAUGUACAAAUAUGCACCGCGAAGUGGUUUUACAGAUAGUAAUGAUGAAAUACUUAUCUUUUACACAAGUAAACUGAAAUUAAAAAAAUAUGGAGAAUUACAAGUUAUGUUUGAAUUUGAUGGAUCUACCGACCAUUGGUCAACAUCUGUUCUUGAUCUUGACGUUAAAGAUCAGAUGGUGUCAUUUCGAACACCAUAUUUUCCAUUAUCCAUCAACAGGACUACAACUGUCAAUAUUAUAUUAAAACAAGAAAAAAGGGUUUUAGAACCGUUGACAUUCAACUAUAUUCCAAGAGCACAAUGUCCGACAUGUCAAGGCAAUCUUAUGGGAAAUCCAACCUCAAUUAUACAAAAUACUCCAAAUAAACGUCAUAUUUCUGUUCUGUAUAGUGAUAAUGAAGAAACCGAUGAUGGUAGAUCUGUUUGUGAAACUAAUCCUGAAAUUAAAAAAUCAUAUUCAGAACCAGACAAUUGA